GAAGUUCUCUCAGUGGACGACGAUCCUGUCAAUCAGAUGGUUGUCGAGAACCUUCUGAAACCCAUGGGCUUUGAGGUGACCUGCUGCAUGGAUGGCAUGGAGGCGCUAGCAGAGCUCCAGCAGCGCUCCUACUUGCCUGACCUGGUUCUGUUGGACGUGAUGAUGCCAAUCAUGAGCGGGUACGAAGUUUGCGAGCAGCUGCGGCAUCUGUUCCCCCGGACCCUCCUGCCUGUGAUCCUCGUGUCGGCCAAGAACGACGAGGCGAGCAUCUGCAAGGGGUUCGACUCGGGAGGAACGGACUACGUCACGAAGCCGUUCAACCGGCAAGAGCUCAUGGCGCGCAUC